AUGACAUAUGAUUAUGGGGCGUGGAGUAGCUACUUACUUCCCUUUCCCCCACCGCGCUACCUUCUUUCCCGGUCAUUGGGCUACUUACCUCCCCCCACACAGCUACUCACUUCCCCCCACCCAGCUACUUACUUCCCCCCACACAGCUACUCACUUCCUCCCACCCAGCUACUCACUUCCCCCCACACAGCUACUCACUUCCCCCCACACAGCUACUCACUUCCCCCCACACAGCUACUCACUUCCCCCCACACAGCUACUCACUUCCCCUCACCCAGCUACUCACUUCCCCCCACCCAGCUACUUACUUCCCCCCACCUAGCUACUCACUUCCCCCACACAGCUACUCACUUCCCCCCACACAGCUACUCACUUCCCCCCACCCAGCUACUCACUUCCCCCCACACAGCUACUCACUUCCCCCCACCCAGCUACUCACUUCCCCCCACCCAGCUACUUACUUCCCCCCACCUAGCUACUCACUCCCCCCCACACAGCUACUCACUUCCCCCCACACAGCUACUCACUUCCCCCCACCCAGCUACUCACUUCCCCCCACCCAGCUACUCACUUCCCCCCACCCAGCUACUUACUUCCCCCCACCUAGCUACUCACUUCCCCCCACCCAGCUACUCACUUCCCCCCACCCAGCUACUUACUUCCCCCCACCUAGCUACUCACUUCCCCCCACACAGCUACUCACUUCCCCCCACACAGCUACUCACUUCCCCCCACACAGCUACUCACUUCCCCCCACCCAGCUACUCACUUCCCCCCACCCAGCUACUCACUUCCCCCCACACAGCUACUCACUUCCCCCCACACAGCUACUCACUUCCCCCCACCCAGCUACUCACUUCCCCCCACACAGCUACUCACUUCCCCCCACACAGCUACUCACUUCCCCCCACCCAGCUACUCACUUCCCCCCACCCAGCUACUCACUUCCCCCCACACAGCUACUCACUUCCCCCCACCCAGCUACUCACUUCCCCCCACACAGCUACUCACUUCCCCCCUCCCAGCUACUCACUUCCCCCCACACAGCUACUCACUUCCCCCCACCCAGCUACUCACUUCCCCCCACACAGCUACUCACUUCCCCCCACACAGCUACUCACUUCCCCCCACCCAGCUACUCACUUCCCCCCACACAGCUACUCACUUCCCCCCACACAGCUACUCACUUCCCCCCACACAGCUACUCACUUCCCCCCACACAGCUACUCACUUCCCCCCACCCAGCUACUCACUUCCCCCCACCCAGCUACUUACUUCCCCCCACCCAGCUACUCACUUCCCCCCACACAGCUACUCACUUCCCCCCACACAGCUACUCACUUCCCCCCACCCAGCUACUCACUUCCCCCCACCCAGCUACUCACUUCCCCCCACCCAGCUACUCACUUCCUCCCACCUAGCUACUCACUUCCCCCCACCCAGCUACUCACUUCCCCCCACCCAGCUACUUACUUCCCCCCACCUAGCUACUCACUUCCCCCCACACAACUACUCACUUCCCCCCACACAGCUACUCACUUCCCCCCACACAGCUACUCACUUCCCCCCACCCAGCUACUCACUUCCCCCCACCCAGCUACUCACUUCCCCCCACACAGCUACUCACUUCCCCCCACACAGCUACUCACUUCCCCCCACCCAGCUACUCACUUCCCCCCACACAGCUACUCACUUCCCCCCACACAGCUACUCACUUCCCCCCACCCAGCUACUCACUUCCCCCCACCCAGCUACUCACUUCCCCCCACACAGCUACUCACUUCCCCCCACCCAGCUACUCACUUCCCCCCACACAGCUACUCACUUCCCCCCACCCAGCUACUCACUUCCCCCCACACAGCUACUCACUUCCCCCCACCCAGCUACUCACUUCCCCCCACCCAGCUACUCACUUCCCCCCACACAGCUACUCACUUCCCCCCACCCAGCUACUCACUUCCCCCCACCCAGCUACUCACUUCCCCCCACACAGCUACUCACUUCCCCCCACACAGCUACUCACUUCCCCCCACCCAGCUACUCACUUCCCCCCACACAGCUACUCACUUCCCCCCACACAGCUACUCACUUCCCCCCACCCAGCUACUCACUUCCCCCCACCCAGCUACUUACUUCCCCCCACCCAGCUACUCACUUCCCCCCACCCAGCUACUCACUUCCCCCCACACAGCUACUCACUUCCCCCCACACAGCUACUCACUUCCCCCCACCCAGCUACUCACUUCCCCCCACCCAGCUACUCACUUCCCCCCACACAGCUACUCACUUCCCCCCACACAGCUACUCACUUCCCCCCACCCAGCUACUCACUUCCCCCCACACAGCUACUCACUUCCCCCCACACAGCUACUCACUUCCCCCCACACAGCUACUCACUUCCCCCCACACAGCUACUCACUUCCCCCCACCCAGCUACUCACUUCCCCCCACCCAGCUACUUACUUCCCCCCACCCAGCUACUCACUUCCCCCCACACAGCUACUCACUUCCCCCCACACAGCUACUCACUUCCCCCCACCCAACUACUCACUUCCCCCCACACAGCUACUCACUUCCCCCCACCCAGCUACUCACUUCCCCCCACCCAGCUACUCACUUCCCCUCACCCAGCUACUCACUUCCCCCCACCCAGCUGACAUCCGCCCUUGCUCCCCUCUCGUUCCCUCCACCCAGCUACUGGCCAUGUCGUCUGAUUGUGAGGUGCGGAGUUCUGCCCUUGAAGAGUUGCGUGACAUGGCGAACAAAUGCGAAGUGAAGAGUCUUGGUAUUUCUAGUCACAUGCAGCCGCCAAUCUGUUUCCUACGGAUUGGUUUGUCAUGCUUGAUGGGAAGGACUGCAUCCAUUGCCGAUCUGGUGUUCUUCUUACUAAUGGUGGGGGAUGGGGCAAUCGAGAAGCUGAUGAUGGCAGCAACAAGGGCUGGUGAGAUGUGA